AUGUAUGCAUGUCAGUAUUCGACUAUCAAUAUGGUUCAACUGUUGAUUGAUUUGGGCGGUAAUGUAUCGGUAAAGGAUAAUGAUGGACAAACACUUCUACAUUAUGCAGCUCAGUCAAUGUUGAAUGCUGAUGUCACACUGUUUCUGUUGAUGACAUCAAGCAUUGAUCCUGAUGCCACAACUGUCGCUGGUUACACAGCUCUUGAUCUUUGUAUGCUGUCUGAUAUUGACGAAUGCAUAAUAAGCUUCAACGGCUAUGCACCACAUGUGUUAGAAUCGUUUCGUGACAAUACAGUUCCUUCCGCAUCAGAUAUGUUCGAGAUUAAGCUUGUCGCGGACAAAAUGUCAGCUCAACUGCUUAAUGAAAUCGUGCAAGAAAUCGGACAAAUGAAUGAUAGGUGA